UAAAAAGCACGUUAAAAUGUUAUCUACGAAAACACCAAAAUUUUUAGCGUGAAAAAUGAUAAAAGCAAAGAAAAAAUUACGUGUAAAUUUUGCUGUUGAACAAGACGACGAUUGGUCCGAUGAAGAAAAAUAUAAUAAAACAACUUACAAUAAUUUAAGCAAUAAUGGAUCAUUUAUUGCAAAUUGCGGCAUUCCAGAUGAGUUGCUACUGAAAAUACUUUGCAAUGUUGAUCAUAAGACAUUAUUGGGUUGCCAAUUAGUCUGCAAGCAUUGGAAUUUUCUCAUCAAAGACUAUGUUUGGCAGAAAAAAUCAGAGCUUAUGCUUCGAAAGUCAUUGGUUCUUGACCAGCAGACACCUUGGACAAUACAUUACUUUAUUUGUGAUCACAAACCUUUUUAUAAAAAUUUGAUAAAAAAUCAUUCUGGAGAAAAUGGACCUAAUAAACAUUGGGAUAUAAUAGAAAAUGGUGGUAACGGUUGGAGUGUAGAACAUCCUCCUCAAGGAGUGAGAGCUUUACCAAAAGAUCCAGUAUUCGAAGACAAAUAUAAUUGUUUUGUAGCAUCUUUUGGGAAGUGCUGGAAAGAACAAGUUAUAAACUUAGUAAAAGAAGGUUUCAGUGAAUAUAUGAUAGAUCAUCUACAACCGACGAUACAGGUGAGUGAAUGGUUUUGUAGUCGUCCAAACAUUCCUGCUCAAUAUGAAUGUACAAUCAAAUUACUUAGAGAACAAAAAUCAGAUAGAACAGCAAUAGAAACAUUAAAUUACAACAAAAUAAUAGAAGGAGAACAAAUGAAUCAUUGGUUCAAGUUUUCUCAUGAAUUUAAAAACUACGGAAAAGGAUUGAGAAAGAUUAAAUUUGGACAUGGUGGUCAAGAUAGAUCUUAUGUUGUUGGAGAUAAUUAUGGAACAAAAAUGGCUGGAGCUUGUAUUAAACUGAAAAUAAGAAGUUGAUUCAAGCUGUGAAAACUUCAUAUUCCUUUCAGAAAAAUCAGUAUAAAUUAAAAUUCAAACUUCCAUUGCCAAAAAUCAUACUGAGUUUUCCAAUGAUGAACAAUUCAAGAGUAUGUACCUUUGCAGCAAUUGGAUGCAGUAAAAAUAAUAUGGUUAAAAUAAAAAUGCUGCAGGAGUGUAUAGUUUAUUUUAUAUACUGAAAAAAACUUUGUGUGAUUACAUUCCCGUAUAUAAUUUAUCCAACUACACUUAUCGAUUUUGUACAUCCAUAUAAAAGGUGAUUUUUGUAUAAUAAAAUAAAAAAUGAAAAUA